UUUUUCGCCAGGCUUGUGUGUGUCGCUUCCGUUAGGUCUCAGUAUGCGGAACUCCCUGCACACUGAUGAUGAUGAAGAGGAUGUUGUGAAGGCAGGUUGUAACUGACUGAGCUACCCGUUCAUCGAGCUGAGAGGUGGACACACAUUUUUUCGCAUCAUCUAUUUAUGCUGCGAACCAGUCAGUCACACUGAGUAGCUUCCCCCUUUUCAGCCGUCGUUUCCAAUGCUAUAACGUUACCGCCAUCUAAAAGAAAGAAGGCUGAAUUCAGACAUACACCGCUGCCUCUCCCCCUGUGUGACCGUGGAGGACACCCACCACCCAGGCCGUCAUCAGCAGCUGGUCUCGCAGCGAACGUUAGCGGCUAACCGGCUAAUGUAAAGCAGGUUUGACUCUGUCAUUUUUUUUAACCAUCACAAUGAUAAUCAAGGAGCUGUGUUUCAACUUUACACCUGAACUUUCCCAGUUGUGAUGGAAAGGCAACACUGACACAAGAGAGAGCAUAAAUCCUGGAUGCCGUGACGCACGGGACGUGUUCAAUCCAAGAUGGAGAAAAAGAAAAUGUGCCCUCGUCUUCUUGACUACUUGGUGGUAGUCGGAGCAAGGCAACCAAGUAGUGACAGUGUGGCCCAGACGCCACAGCUCCUCCGCCGCUACCCACUGGAGGACCACCACGACUUCCCGCUCCCACCAGACGUGGUCUUUUUCUGCCAACCAGAGGGCUGCCUGAGCAUACGCCAGCGUAGGGUCAGCCUCCGCGACGACUCCUCGUUUGUGUUCACGCUGACGGACAAGGACUCCGGAAUCACCCGCUACGGAAUCUGCGUCAAUUUCUACCGUUCUUUUCAGCGAGGGCAUCAUCGCGCUCGCGGGGACAAGAGCGGCCACACGGAGACGGCGGCACAGGCGGCGGAGACCGCCAGCGAUGGGUCCGAUGGCAGCAGCGGAGGCCCACCCUCCGUGUUAUCGCCACCCAACAAUGCCGAGUCCGCACCUCCGCCUGCCUCUGGCGAAGAGGGCGGGCAACCGGGUGCCGAGCUAAACGCCGGCAAGUCCCCACAGCAGAGACGAAGCGCUGCUAAGAUGGCAGCCAGGAACCGCAACAGCACGCUGACCUCGCUGUGCAUUGUGAGCCACUACCCCUUCUUCUCCACCUUUAGGGAAUGCUUGUAUAUUCUCAAGAGGCUGGUGGACUGCUGCAGUCAGAGGCUUACUCAACGAGCUGGGCUCCCUCGCACCACCCAGAGGGACACCAUGUGGCGGGUAUUCACUGGGGCACUGUCGGUGGAGGAGAAAGGCAGCCAGCUGCUGGCCGACCUGCGGGAGAUUGAAUCCUGGGUGUACCGUUUGCUUCGUUCACCGGUACCAGUGGCUGGCCAGAGGCGUGUGGAUGUGGAAGUCUUACCACAUGAACUCAAACGGCCACUCACCUUUGCCCUGCCUGACAACUCGCGCUUCUCCAUGGUCGACUUCCCCCUGCACCUGCCCUUGGAGCUGCUGGGCGUGGACGCCUGUCUUCAGGUGCUCAGCUGUGUCCUACUAGAGCACAAGGUCAUUCUUCAGUCCAGAGAUUACAAUGCUUUGUCAAUGAGCGUCAUGGCCUUUGUGGCCAUGAUCUACCCUCUGGAGUACAUGUUCCCUGUCAUCCCCUUACUGCCAACAUGCAUGGCCUCUGCUGAACAGCUCCUUCUUGCCCCCACUCCCUACAUUAUAGGUGUACCAGCCAGUUUCUUCCUCUACAAAGCUGGUUUCAAAAUGCCAGACGAUCUCUGGCUCGUGGACCUUGACAGCAGCAAGGUUAUAGCGCCCACCAAUGCAGAGAUUCUACCACCGCUUCCAGAGCCUGAAGCAUGCGAGCUUAAGAAACAUCUAAAACAGGCCUUGGCCAGCAUGAGUUUGAACACCCAACCCAUCCUGAACCUGGAGAAGUUCCAGGAAGGUCACGAGAUGCCCCUGCUCCCUCCUGGACGAGAUAAAGCCUCGCCGUCCUCCACAGAGUUCAACCCUCUAAUUUACGGCAACGACGUUGAUUCUGUGGAUGUAGCCACCAGGGUCGCCAUGGUACGGUUCUUCAACUCCCCAAAUGUUCUCCAGGGGUUCCAGAUGCACACUCGCACCUUGCGCCUCUUCCCCCGGCCUGUGGUGGCUUUUCAGUGUACUUCUUUUUUGGCAUCUCGGCCUCGACGCUCUUGCUUUGCAGAUAAACUUUUCCAUGAUUAUCAGGUAUUUUAUAAACCGUUUACGCUGCGUGCCUCUGUUUCAGAUGUCUUUGACCCCUCCUUAAUCGGAGACAAGCCCAAGUGGUAUGCUCACCAGCUACAGCCAGUGGUCUACCGAGUGUAUGAUGGAAGCUCCCAGCUGGUAGAAGCUAUGGCUGGUCCCUUGGAGGAUGAGGGCAAUGAGUCUGACCCCACAGACAGUGGCAGUGACAGCGAGGCAUACGAUGACUCCAGCUCGUCCUAUUCCUCACUUGGAGAUCUUGUGAGUGAGAUGAUCCAAGGUGACAUCCAGGGAGACACACCAAGCUUGGACCCGCCUACCCAUGCUGCACUGGGAGACGCUAGUGAGGUUGAGUUUCAAGAGUUCCAUGACUUCAGGGAAAGUCGGGGCUCCGAUGGUCCACCGAAUGGGGACGGACCUGCCGAACCGGCAGAUGGACAACCUCUUCGCUCAAGCUCCAGCACAACUGCAAGCUCAAGUCCCAGCACGGUCAUCCAGGGAGUCAACCAAGAGCAGGGGGAAGCACUUGACCUCAACGCAUCGGCAGGGGCUGCUUUACAGAAUCCUGUCUCCGCGUUGGGCAGUCAGCCGUUCCUCAGACCUCCAGCUGAUGCUGGCCUGGCCGACCAAGCCAACAAAAAGCAAGAGUAUGACAACCCGUACUUUGAGCCUCAGUAUGGCUUUCCCUCAGAGGAUGACCCUGAUGCAGAAGAGCACGUGGAGUCAUACACCCCUCGAUUCAACCAGAACCUCAAUGGCAACAAGGCACAGCGUCCUUUACGUCCCAGUAGCCUGAGGCUCCCAGGAGAGUCUGAUGGGGAGGGAGACUCUCGCAACAGCUCGCCAAACUCCACCAUUUCCAACAGCAGCAAUGAUGGAUUUGGAGGACUCAUGUCCUUUGCCAGCAAUCUUUACAAGAACCACGGCACCAGUUUCAGUCUGUCAAAUCUGGCUCUUCCCAACAAGGCAGCGAGGGAGAAAACGCCUUUCCCCAGUCUAAAAGAAUAUUUCAAUUUUGAUGUUGAGGAGGAAAUGGAGCAAGCAGUAUUUGGGCUAAAUUCUCUAAUGGAGAUAAUUACAGAGGCCGGCCCGGGGAGCGGAGAAGGCGCUCGUGCACCUCGAGCACUUGUGGACCAGAAGUCUUCAGUAAUCAAGCACAGUCCAACAGUGAAGAGAGAAUCGCCCUCCCCUCAGGGCCGAGUCAACAACACAAGCGAGAACCAGCAGUUCUUGAAGGAAGUGGUGCAGAGUGUUCUGGAUGGUCAGGGAGUCGGCUGGCUCAACAUGAAAAAAGUGCGCCGCCUGUUGGAGAACGAGCAGCUUCGGGUGUUUGUGCUGAGUAAGCUGAACCGAGCCAUCCAGUCGGAGGAAGACGCCAGACAGGAGAUCAUACGUGAUGUGGAGGUGAGCAGAAAGGUAUACAAAGGCAUGCUGGAUAUCUUGAAGUGCACAGUUUCCAGUCUGGAGCAUUCUUACACUAACGCAGGCCUCGGAGGAAUGGCCAGUGUCUUCAGCUUACUGGAAAUAGCACGCACACAUUAUCAAACCAAAGACCCAGAAAAACGCAAGCGAAGCCCCACAGACAGUGCUGGCAGCCCCGGGAGUAAAGAGAGUCCUUCUGGUCGUAUGGAGACUGCCAGACCUCAGGGCCUUCUGAAUGUUCCUCACCUGCAGCUGCCGCACCACACAACGGGCAAAGGAGCCCGCCAUUUUGAUACCCGAAGUCUGAACGAGGAAAACUUUAUUGCCUCGAUUGAAUUGUGGAGCAAGCACCAGGAUAAGCAAAAAGCUAUGGAAAAACCACAGAGGUCUGAUGGAGCAAAGCAGCAGCGCCCCCAAGUGACUGAUGCAGAGGAGAAGAAAUCCCAGAUCAGUGCUGACAGUGGCCUCAGUGUCACAUCUGGAUCUCAGAAGAGUGACACAGAGUCUGGAAGGAGUUCAGAGCCACCGAUCCUGACAAGAAGCACCAGCCAGGACUCCGAGGCCAGCACAGUGAUAAGCAACAGCUCUGGAGAGACUCUGGGAGCUGACAGCGACCUGAGCAGCACAGCAGACGGCUUCGGUGGCAGAACUGCUGCCCAUUUAGCUCAGUCCAGAGGGACUCUUUCUGACAGCGAGAUUGAAACCAAUCCAGCCACCAGCACUGUGUUUGGAAAGACCCACACCCUGAAACAAACCGCAAAAGAUCAAGGACCUACUAUGGCGAAGGGGCCGCCUGCGCAGCCCAUGGAGGACGUCAGCAUGAGGAUUUACCUUUGUGAAGGCCUGCUGGGCCGCGAUAAGAGCUCCGUUUGGGAUCAACUAGAGGAUGCUGCCAUGGAAACCUUUUCUCUAAGUAAGGAGCGCUCCACUCUGUGGGACCAGAUGCAGUUCUGGGAGGACGCGUACCUCGAUGCUGUGAUGUUGGAGCGUGAGGGCAUGGGCAUGGACCAGGGACCUCAGGAGAUGAUCGAAAGAUACUUGUCACUAGGGGAUCAUGACCGCAAGCGUCUGGAGGAUGAUGAAGACAGACUCCUGGCCACCCUGCUGCACAACAUGAUUGCAUACAUGCUAAUGCUGAAAUUGAACAAAAAUGACAUCAAGAAGAAAGUGAGGCGUUUGAUGGGAAAGUCCCACAUUGGCCUCACAUACAGCCAAGAGAUCAAUGAGAUACUGGACAAACUCGCCAACAUGAACGGCCGUGAGUUGGCCAUCAGGCCCAGUGGAAGCCGUCACAUCAAGAAGCAAACGUUUGUUGUACAUGCUGGCACUGAUACCACAGGAGACAUCUUUUUCAUGGAGGUUUGCGAUGACUGUAUAGUCCUGCGCAGCAACAUCGGCACAGUUUACGAGCGCUGGUGGUACGAGAAGCUCAUCAACAUGACUUACUGCCCCAAGACCAAGGUGCUGUGUCUCUGGAGACGCAACGGCCAAGAGACGCAGCUCAACAAGUUCUUUACCAAAAAGUGUCGUGAACUCUACUACUGUGUUAAAGACAGUAUGGAAAGAGCUGCAGCAAGACAGCAAAGCAUUAAACCAGGUCCGGAGCUGGGCGGAGAGUUUCCUGUCCAGGACAUGAAAACUGGCGAAGGUGGACUGCUGCAGGUCACACUGGAAGGAAUCAACCUUAAAUUCAUGCACAGCCAGGAGCGGAAGGUUUUCAUAGAGCUGAGUCACAUUAAAAAGUGCAAUACAGUGAAGGGAGUCUUUGUCCUGGAGGAAUUUGUUCCUGAAACUAAAGAAGUGGUGAUCCACAAGUACAAGACCCCCAUGGCACAUCAGAUCUGUUACUCGGUCCUCUGCCUUUUCUCCUACAUGGCGGCAGUGAAGGGGAAGGAGGCGGAAGGAAAACCCAAGAUUCUGUCACCCGAGACCCCUUCCUAGCUAGUCUACGCCCCGUGCACCCCCC